AUGGACACGAAGAAAGUGACUGCAUUCGCGUUCUUCAAAGACGGUCGGCGGAUCGUAACUGCUUCAGAGAAUGAAACCCUGCGAAUCUGGGACGUGGAGAAAAGAACAUUGGUGGGAGGACCAUUUGAGGGACACAGAAACGACGUGACAUCAAUCGCUGUAUCACCAGACGAUAGACAAAUUGCGAGUGGUGGGAGAGGUAGAGCCAUCAUCAUCUGGGACGUCAAUAGCAAGCAGAUGGCAUUCGAUCCACUGGGUCGAGUCGGUGUGUUUCUCCCUCAAUGGAAAGAGACUGACAAUGGGACAUGUGAUGCAAGAGUUAUUAUAUGGGACGCGGAGACUGGCGCUGUCCUCUCAACACUCGGGGUUGGGAGUGCGAUGUAUUGUGUCGCCUUCAGCCCAGAUGGGCUAAAAUUAGCAUCCGGAACAUGGCGUAACAUUCAGGUCUGGAGCACCGACAACGCUGAGCCUCUUCUCUGGAUCCACGCUCACCAAGAUUUCGUUCAAAGCGUUGUGUGGUCGCCUGACGGUCAGCAAAUUGUCUCUGCCUCAUAUGACAGGACAAUCAAGUUUUGGGACUCGUCGACUAGGACUCAGAUCGGUCAACCUUGCACCGGUCACACUUCCUACGUCCACUCACUUGCCAUUUCUUCUGAUGGCUUCUUCAUUGCCACUGCCUCGAGCGACAAUACUGUGCGCCUGUGGAACACAAAGCCACACCAGCAGAUAGGACAGGCACUCGAACACACCAAACGUGUUUACUGCGUCGCCAUUUCUCCCAACGGAGAUCUGCUCGCGAGUGGGGACAAUGAUGGGAGUCUUCAGCUCUGGUCCAUCGAGAACACACUUUCCGCAGCAUUCGAGAUGGGCUCUUCAUACUUUAUGCGUCGCAGUAAGGUGAAGUUGGGCCUAAAGCUCUAUGUGGAGGCCCUUUCGGACGCAGAGAAGGUCAUUGAACUCAAUCCUUCGUCUCAUCUUGGAUACGAAUUGAAGCAUGCAGCGCUUCGUGGAGCACAUCGCUAUGAUGAUGCAUUCGAGGCCUUCACAAUCAUGCUCUCUAAGUUGGAUGAUGCACCCGACCCACAGAUACGACAGCUACGCCAGCAAUACGUCAGUCAAUCUGAAGUAGAAUAUGCCAUUCGACGAGCUAUUCACACUCAACUGAAAAACGCUCCCCUUCGUCUAAUUAACACUACUGGACGUUUGUGCAAUCGAGAGGCGCAGAUCGACGCAUUCACGGAGAGUACAGCGUACAAAGAGCUUUUGCAUUCGCUGGUGAUACACGCGCCCCUCCAAACAGAGUUCAUUAAAGAAGCGGUCGCGAAGUGGGAAAGGAAAGAGCCGCUGCUGUACGAUAUUCAGGGCAAGGACAUAUACGAAUUGGAUCCGGUCGGAACCGUGGCGAAGUUGCAGAAGUUCUGCGGAGUCGCUCGUGACGCGGGGCAUCGUUGGGCGUGGAGUGAUACGUGCUGCAUCGAGCAGAACAACAAUGUUGAGCUCGGAGAAUCAGUUAACUCCAUGUUCAUCUGGUAUCACUACUCAGCGCUCACCAUCGUCUAUCUAUCGGAUGUUCCUCCUUCGUCAGAGUCUGGUGCACUCGCAAAUAGCAUUUGGAACACACGAGGAUGGACCGUUCAGGAGUUCCUCGCUCCUAAAAUUGUUCUCUUCUACCAAGCAGAUUGGUUCCUAUAUCUCGACGACCGCUCACGCAACCACAAGGAAUCUAUCAGUAUCAUGAGCGAGUUGGAGCGUUCAACUGGUAUAAAUGCGCGGGCGCUCGUUGCCUUCCGCCCAGGGAUGAGAGAUGCCCGAGAGAAACUGCGAUGGGCGUCAAACCGUGACACCACGAGGGAAGAAGACAUUGCCUACUCUUUGUUUGGCAUAUUUGAUGUCAGCCUUCCUGUAAUCUACGGAGAGAAAAGACAAAAGGCGCUCGGACGACUGUUGCAGUACAUCAUAGCGCAUUCGGGUGACAUCACAGCCCUUGAUUGGGUGGGUCAAUCGUCCAACUUCAACAGUUGUCUCCCAGCCGAGAUUUCCUCAUACAAGGCUCCGUCGUGCACGCUGCCAUCUCUAUCUGAACACGACAUGGAGGUAUCGGUCUCCACGUUGCGAAACAAUAUUGUGGUUGUGGAGUCGGCUUCGAAAUUGUAUACCCUUCUUGAGAAUCUCAGCUUUCUUCGUUUUGCAGACACCAGACUGCAAUUGCCUUGCAUCGCAUUUCCUCUCACAGAAGUCAGGCGGAGGCCUGUUCAAGACGGGGCCAGAUGUUUCACUUAUGACAUCAAGGCAAACGGGCUACACGACCUGCUAGUGACAACGAAAGACAAGCUAGCUCAAUUCUCGCCAGCAAGGCGUACUCGGCAGACAUUCUUGCUCGUCCGUCCGUGGAAUCGGUAUGAUCUCGAGUUGGUCGACUUUACAGACGAGACGCAGAGCGUGGACGAUUGGCCCGAUGAGCCUGGAGAUGUUGAGCUGGUUACCAGAGAGUUGAAGCUGUUAGUUCGCCUCGGACAGCCUUUUGGCGCACUUUUACUGGCGCAACAGCGUGGUGGGGAGUAUAAGAGAAUCGCUUCGGAUAAUAGAAUCAUCGCGCAAGUUAGAGACAUCGCCUCUGCUGUUGAGAUGAUGGACAUCAGGACACCGGAGAUAUUAUAG